GUGAAGUGGAGGCUAUUUUAUAUACGCAGUUUCAGCAGCUGGAAGAUAUCAUCGGGGAAAUAUUAAAAGUAAAAAAGAGCGGGCAGAACUCAGACACAUUGCGAACUGCGGCGGCAUUGAAAUUUGUUGCAUUAAAGCAUGCAAAUCGAGAAGUUAAACAGAAAAUAAAGUCUGGACGGGAUAAAUUACACUUGGAAAAAUGUAAAGUGGACAUAAGACGGUUGCAAUUGCAAAAUCUUCUGUACGAAGUGAGCCACUUGAAAAAGGACAUCGUGCGUGGCGAGAAAUUCCAGAGUCGUGACUCCAAGUUGGUCCUGCUCUCAGACACUGAGUAUUUUACCAAAUUGCCGGGAAUUGAAGAUAGUAAAGUGAAACCAGAAUCGGAGCACUACAAGCAUUUGCAGCGCUUAGAGUGUGAUCUGCGUUUAAGGAAAGACCUGGAUGAACAGAAAAGCUCAUUGAAGAACUCCAAAAAGGAGCUGCAACAAGAGAAUCUUAAAUAAUCUUGAUGUUGAAUGGAAGCUUAGUGCUGUGGUCAAAUAUCUGCCCAAGCCUCUUUAUAUAUUAUUCAUCAACCUGCAAUGCCUUCAACGUGCGAGCGAUGAGCCAUCAUUCAAUGUUGAAGUGGUAGGAUAUAAAAGUGAAGCUCAGAUGCAGGAGUUGACAAACCUAAAGCAAAACCCAAAAGCAAGGCGCGACUACUCUGAAAGGGACAUUGAAUUGUCGGGAAAGCCUGAGGAAAAUCCUUUGAACAAAGAAUUAAGUCCUCAUCCUCUGCACAUUCGCAUCACGCUUGGCUCUGCUGGCUCGAUUCAACUGGUGUUGAUUAUUCGCUAUUUCGAACAAAUUAAAUGUGCGACAGCAUGGCCUCAAUUGAGCAUUUCCAAUAAUACAAACCAUCAAGGGGAUACUAAUUUCGUUCAGCAUCUCCUUCGGCAUUUGGUUGCAAACGAUUUGGGUAAUGAAAUACCUAUACCCGGUAUUCAAUACGAUUUACAGAAUAAGGAUCUGACACCAGAGGAAUGUAUACAAUAUCUGGAGUCUAAGGACUUUGGAAAAGCAUACUGUUGGUUACAAAGUAUAUGCUCUAUACCAACAGUCAACAGCUCGAUGUUGUAUAAGCAUGAGCUGAACUUGAAUAAAAGCAUGCGGGAGACCAUAGCUCGCAUUACACGGCGCUGCAACUCUUGGUUAAAUCUAAGUCAGCAAACACGUGGUCUGACUAACAAGGACAUCGAUUUGUAUGCACUAAAAGAAAAUGUCUAUCCUGCGGCCUUGUCUUGCAGCCUAGUGCAGUGGACGGCGAUCACUCUCGAGGAAUUCCUAGCCCAAAAUUCAGACGUACUAAACAUUUCUCCGGAUGAUAAGGGCAUAACAUAUAAUUCCUAUCGUGCUGUGAUUGUUCGUGGUUCUGCCAAAAUGGAGUGUUUCAUUCGAAUACCGAGUAAUUAUCCAUUGGAAAUGCCACUCUGGAUAUUGAGUGUGCAUUGGAACGGUCGAGGGGGAACGUUGUGAGUUACUGCGGACACC